ACACCAAACUGACUAUUUUUGGUUAAAGAAAGGUAAUAAAAAAAUCAAAUCUUAAAACACUUAAAUUUAUCUCUUCUCAUUUCCCGGUUCACCGAACACUUAUGCAUAAUAAGGUAAGCCAGAUGGAAACGACCACCACCGUACGAUAGUGUAGCCGUAUUGUAAUUUGUACUAUUCACUUUUAUUUGGUUUAAUUCCAACUUUAAACUAUAAUACCUGAAGCACGACACACAGCAGUGCACCACUAGCAAAAAGCCCCAAACCAUUAAGGCGAAGGCGUACCUCCAUAAGUUCUCGGCACCGCAAAAUGUUUGUGACUUUGGCCAAGAUUUUACCACAUCCAGCGCCAACCGACCUACACACACACACACACACAUCGGUGGAUAGCAUCCGGAGCGAUGUUUGUAGCUUUCGUGGUGGAUAACGACGGGCAAUAACCGUUAUCAUUUAUUCCAUUAUGGAAAUAUUUAAAUAGGAUUUUAUAAAAAAAACCCAGCUAUUCGCUAGGUUUCAAAACGGGAAAUGAACCAAAACUACCCUAGAAGGCACGCAGUGGUCGGUUUUUGGGGUGCGGUUUGUUGUGUGAUUGUCAUGAGUACUGGUACACCAUUUGCGUUACUAAUGCUACAACCUGGUGUGGUUUAGCUAGUUCGGGCUAAAUGCUGGUGCAAAAUAAGCAUUCGGUGUUGCAUCGUACUAGCAGCAACAGCAGAAGCAGCAGGGAUAAGAAAAACCACAGUCCCGGUCACUAGCUGCACUUAGCUGCACGGUUACUACCCUUAGAUGUUAUGCGCUUUCUUGCCGGCGACGACUAAAGACGUCGGAGCUUUUUAUCGUUACUGGAACUAGGGACCUUUUUCCAUCAGUUUACAGGAUGCCUUAUUUUCUUUUUUCUAGCUGUUUUACAGACCGAGUGGAAAGUUCAUAUACUAAUCCUGCCUUAGCAGCACCUGCCUGGGAGAUGAUUGUCAGUAUUAGUAAAUGGUCGACAAUAGUGCAAGGACGUUGAUAGUUUCUGGGAAAAAUUGCAAAAAAACAUAACUAAAACUGGAACAGGGACGCUCUGUUGUCGUUUCAAGCUUGAACGAGAAGUCAGCAAAUGGACAUUAAGUAGGGAGAGGAGUUUUUUAUAAGUGAAGAGUUACUUUACUGCUUUUGAGUGUAAAAGGAUAGAAAAACGCCAUGUUUAAUUUACACUCUCAAAGUAAGGCACUUUGAACUUCUUUCUACAUCACAUCUUCUGCUUGAUGCGGGGAAUACAAUUCAGAAAGAUUAGGAGAUGCAUUUCAGGUAAUGUCCGGAAUGGAAAUUGUUGGUUGUGUCUUAAGUCGUGUCCAAGAAUUAUGAUAAAUAAGAAUACUUUGCCUCAAAAUACAUCACUUUAACGAUUCUUGCUUCUCUUGCAAGAGUCGCAUGGGUUUUACUCAUUUUUUCUUCCAAUAUCCCAAGGAACUUCCCAAAAAAGCUCUCCAAAAAACUUAUUCCUACUUCGUGCUGUAUAACGCAUAGCACUUCUUCAACAUUCAAUUUCUUAUCGAUCGAUGUUUGGUCUAAAUUUAGCUUUAAUAACGUAAUGGUGCACUGUAACCGGAGUCCUUCAUUUUCGUGCCCAUAUCACUUACAGCAUGUUGAGCCUAAUUGACUCUAAACCGGGUGCCCUACAGGCAAUGGCGACGGUUUACGAUGCUGACCGAUCCAUCCCGGGGCCGGUUCAAUUGCUGCUGGGAUGCUGCUCUCCCUCUCUCAGGAUAAGUUUGGAUGGACGGUCCGAAGCAUCAGGCACCAAAACCGAGCACACAUUUUUAUUGUUUCUCGUAAUGUCCAUCACUGGCAAUGCUUUCCAACACACACACACACACACACACCCAAUUUGAUGCUCUAGCUUCACGUUAAUCGCCAGCAAAAGGUAUCGUUUUACGGUUGUGCGCUAUGGAUUCCAGUCCAUUAAAAACAAAUUGCCUUAAGUAAACAUUUGAAUUACGAGCUUACGAGGGUGGAGAUGGGUUCCGUUGUUGGAUCUCAUCAAAGACUCGUGCAAUGACAUCCACGAGGGGUUUACUGGGGUGUUGUGUUUUUUUUUGCUUCCUCUCCCUAUGGAUAUAUUUUGGCCCUUAUAUUACAGACACAGAGAAAACACCCCAGAACCAUUGUGUCUAGCGUGAUAAGACAUUUUUUCUUUCGUACAGGGCGCAUUGUCCCGAAGUACUGAGGCGAAAAAGUUGCAGAUGAUACGGAAGUGUGCGCACUGUUCUACUAUUCCGUGUUAUGCCCAUGAUGUAAAACUGACGAAAUGAUAACCUGCAGCUAUGUACAUAUGUUUUACGUCCGUCCGCACUGUUUUCGUUUUUUCAUGCAAAUCAUUGCAUUCGAGCAGUUUCAUUACAAGAUUGGGUACAUCGCGUCUGGAUAUUGUCUAGUCUUUGUGGUUUGCUUUUAGGGUUCAAACUUGGUUCACUUCAAACGAUGAGUCAGCAGCGUACAGACGGGUGGCACUUAUGGAGAGGUGUAUAAUUACACAAAGAUUGGGGCCGUCAAAGUAGGCACGGUUAAGGAUUUCCAUCGUGACGUGUAUACACCUACCAUCAGCAUGAGAGCGAUGCCAACUGGGACCAUAAAUUACAGCACAAGCUCGAUACCUCUAUGAGAUAGUAUAGCGAGGCUGUUGCGAUAUUAUUGAGUAAUCGUUUUAUCGGUUGUUUUACUCACACUUGUACAGGGUGCGCGUUCCGCACAGUGUGGGUUUUGUGGCAGUGUCGGGACAAAAGGAGAUUUUGGCUGUCUUGCAAAGUCAUGCUAGAAAUUGCCGCGGGAACGAGUGGCCGUGCCGAACAAGAUCGUACCCGGCGAAAGCAGGAAAAGCAGGCCUUUCUUGGCAUGAAGCUGGUGGAAACCACAAUUUGUUCUUUUUCUCGGCACCGUGUGGUUCAUUGCGCUGCUGGUAACGGUGUACGAUGUGGCGCGUUUGCUGUUGGACGUCGCGGUGCGAAGAUUUGCUGCCUGAUUUGCGCCGGUCUGCACAUCCAAGGGUUCCUGCACUAUCCGGAACCAUUUCCCCACGAGAUGUUGUUUUGUGGUUUGUACGCAAGCUACUUUUUGAUCUCGUUCUAUUCGUGGCUGUUUCUACGGUUGGAUUGCUGUCCGCUGAACUACACGGUCGAAGCGAUCGUGUCCGGUGUUGGAUUCUUGCUGUUCGUCGUUUCCGCAUUCGUUUCGAUGUAUCACGCCGAACGGGACAUCCAUCUGCAGUACCUGACGGACGAGGAGGAAUGGUAUCAUCAGUUUUUUGCUUACCUCCGAUUACAAAGCUUGGGCGCGAUAAUUACGGCACAAAUGUUUCUCGUGCACUGUUCGCUGGCGUUGGAUUUGGCUGGGUUGCUUGACCGUUGGUUUGGUGGACUUGCUGGUCGCCGGUCGGUGGCUGAAGGUGGUUCGGUGGAAGGUGAUGUAAAGGCGAAUGAACGGUUGCAAAUCAACCCAUUCUGGAUGCCAGCAUUCGAAGCGAUUAGGAAGCGACUUCCGUGCGAAUGUUGGAAGCCUGAAUCGGGUGGUUAAAAAGCAUAAAUUAAGUAACUCAUCGAAGAUUGAUGGAAGUUUUUAUUAAAAAUUGGUUUAUCACAGCUUAAGAAGAAAUACAAUUUUGUGGGAUCCAAUUUUUUUCCUGUCCUUAAGGAUGCAAGGGUAUCCCUACUAAUGCAAUUUUCUUGAUUGAUGUUUUUGUAUAAAAUUUAUAAUGAUUAAAAACUUUCGUUUUGUACAAAAAAAAAGACAAUGA